GAUUCCAUAUCCUCUCUGUCAUCUGGGCCUAUCAGCGCACGCCUACCUCCGCGUUAUCGGCGUCGAAAGUUGCGACAUCGUCCUCUUGUCCAAAUCGACUCGUCUCUUGUUCCGGGGCAGAGCUCUGGGAAGGUCGCAAGAGCCGAUGACAUGUUGGAGGUCGCUGCAUCUGGCGCCUACGUCUCGUCUGCGAAGCCCACGUCUAAACCUCAGGUCUCAAAUGCCAAUGAAUCCGGUGUUGAGGCACCCAGGCUUGACCGGACGCCUGAUGAACGACGUCUCUCCGACGUGAAUUUGAGCGACGCUGAUCCAAGUGUCGCUUCAUCCAGUACCAUUGGUUUAUCAAUGCCGUCGUCGUCGGAUGCAGGCGUAGGCGCAGCCCAUGACGCCGACUCCUGUCCUCGGAUCAAGAAACGCGCCCGGAGUCUGCAACACCUUGACUCUGCAAAGUACAUCUUGCUCUUGCGUAAGGCAUUUGCUAUCGACGUACGGAGACGCCGUGAUGCAGCCAAACGUGCGACUCGUAAUACUGGGCCUGGUGCUCCCGCCACCUCAUAA